ACGCUCCAGCCCCAGACGCGGCCGCGGCGCCGCCCGAGCAGAGCCGACCGGGGCGGAGCGCGCGCCGGCGACCAUCCCGCAGCUGGCCCGGCGGCGACCCCUCGGCCAGGGCUUCUGCUACCCAUGGCUUCCACGAAAACUGUGAACUAUGAUGGACACUUCGGGCGAGAAAAAUUAAAAGCAUGGCCGGAGCCCGAGUCAGUUUCUUUAAUGGAGGUAUUGGCUAGAGAAAAUAUUGAUGAAGCUGUACAUGCAAUAUUAUUUAGAGAAAAUUAUGUUGUGAAGAGAUUGGAUGAAUAUUUUCAGCAUCUGGAUACUUCUAAGAAAAGAAGAAAAGAGUUGUUGUAUAAAAAAUGGGUGAUAAAUGUUGCAGAGCCUCUUCAGCAGAGAAUUAUGGAAAAAGUAAUUUCAUAUAGAGGGCUUGAAAAAAUGAAACAAGAGAAUUUUGAAUAUUAUUUAAAGCACACAAGUAAAACGGAAACUAUAUCUGGAGAAUAUUAUGAUCCUGAAGUAUAUGAUCCUUUUUAUAUGAAGAAAAAGAACCCAAACUAUGGAAAGGUUACAGUGUCACCACUUUUUGAUCCAUUGUUUCAAAGACAGCGAGAGUUGGAUGAAGAGACGAGAACUAGUCUUCAGUAUAAGACAGGAAAACAAUAUUCCAUAAAAGAACUUAAAGAAAUAGAGAAGGCCAGGCUGUAUGCCCGAAUGCCCCGGUUAACUUUCGCUCUACACAGCGAGAUUCCAAGAGAGUGGCAUAAAGCCUCCACGAGACCCAGGAGUAAAACUCCCGGUAAAUGCAGUACUGAAAAGCUCAUCUGUGCGGAAAAUAACCAAAAGAGAAAGGAGAAAAAGACUACUGACCUAAGUCAGGCUGCUUUUGAAAGGCAGUUCCACUCCUCAAGGCUCAGCCCCAAUAAAGGGGAUGGAAAGAAGGGCGUGGUUUUAGGAACCAGGCAGCAGAGACCCCGCUCCUGGCCACCCGGGGGCAGCCGCCAGAGACAGGGGCCCCAGCAUGUGGAAAGAAGAGCGAUGACAGCAGAGGUUCUGGGGAGGCACCUGGCCUCCCUGCACAGAGUGGCUGAGCAAGCUGUUUGUAAUGACACUGUUUGUAAUGACACUGUUUGUAAGAACGCUUGGUUCUAAGAACACGUGCUUGCGUUGAGUCUGCAGUGUCUGCAACACUUGGAAUACUGCAAAUGUGUGUUCUCUCCCCAGAAGUGGAAAUAAAUUGCAACACAUACCCAAAUAA